CAAGUCUAAAUUGUUAAUAGUCACUGUUUUGCGCCACUCUUUUUUUUAAAAUAGAGUAACAUUGGAAAGAUCAAAAGAUAAAGACUUUCAAAGAAACAAAAAAUCUAAAGGAAUAGAAUAAUAGAAAGAGAAUAGAAAAAAGAUAAGCUAAUUAUCAUUAAGUUGAACCUUUGUUUCAUCAUAUUCUUCACGUUGAACCAGCAAGAGUUUGAGGUUGAACUUUGUCUCAUUUUGUUGAAAAACCUACAAGACCAUUUUAAGGUUGACAAAAAAACCGUUGAAGUAAUUUUUCCUUUGUGUUUUUAAUCCCAAUCCUUUGUUUUAAAUUGGGUUAUUUUCGGGUUAACUUGAACACCUAAAAAUAACCAAAUAAAUUAAGUGACAUUAAAUUGAUUGGUGCUGUUUACAGAAAUUGAAAUCAACAAAAAUGCAACAUCAAUUUGAACAACGUAAAAGCUUCUCUCAUCCUUCUUCAAAUCCAAAGGAAGGUUUAUAUGGAAAUAUACCCAAAUUAUCGUAUGAAACUUGGUUCAAAAUAUUUGGCCUUUUAUCCAGUGGAUUAGACCAUGAGCGUCGAUUUGGACCCAUUAAACAGGAUCGGACUCCGGUUAAAAUAAAACGACUUUACUGUCAAUUGAUUACUGCAAUGUUAUGGUUCUUUGCAGUUCGUGGGUUUGUGUUAAUGUUUAUCGAUGACAAAGGCUUGGCAAUCUUGAUGGGCGAUCUUUCCGUUUAUUGGAACGAUUAUCGAAUGUAUUAUCUAAUGCCGACCUUUUAUUAUGCCUUUUCCUCUGCUUUGGUGGCAACAACUUUCCUUCUCAAGGAACGUGAUCUCUCCUGGUUCAUACCUUUCAUGACAUUCAGCCAGCAUCAGUCAACUGAUCCCAAUGAUAAGCUUGGUUUCCAUCGAUGGCGAACUCUUAUCUUUACCCUCUUCAACUUGACCAUUACCAUGUGGGUAACCGGAUCAAUGGGCUAUCUAACCUACUCGUCAGCUCGGGAUAAUAUGGAUGCUCAUACUUUUAGAUUGUUCAUGCCCUGGCUGGUUGUCCAAGUUAUCUGGUACUUCUUUAUGACCGGAAUCAUAAUGUUUACCACCUCUUACUUUAACCUGGUUUGUCUAAUGGUACAGAAAAAGUUUUCCGAUGUUGCCUCGGAAAUUGAAACCCUGGCCGAAGGUGAUCCUGGUCCACCGGGAUCUAAAAACGAUGACCUAACCAGACUCUAUUUUGCUCACAAUGAUUUGUGUGAAAUUACCGAUGAAUCCAAUUCAUUCUGGCAAUAUAUUCUCUUCUACAUUAUUGGUAAUUUUAUUCCCAACUUCUGUUAUGUUAUGUAUACACUUUUCUUUGGGGAUCUUGAUACACCUCUGGCUAUUUUCUCAUGGUUUAUAUUGGGUCACACCUUUCUUAUCAUGGCUGUUCUUUCAGUUUCUGCGGCUGAUGUUUCUUCUGAGGCUCAUGCUCCUUACACUUCACUUCAUACACUUUCUUUGCUUCAACUUCCAAUUGAUAUUGAGGUUAAUAUGUCAACGUUUCUGCAUCGGGUUCGAGGUCCAACAAUCGGUUAUUCAAUUCUUGAUCUGUUUGUCAUAACCAAUUCAUCUAUUUCGAACACUGUUGCUGCUAUCGCUUCUUACUUCUUGAUUGUUGCCGACUUUUCACGUUCAACUGUUAAUCAAGGAUUAAUCCAGAAAGCACAGUCAAAACAGAAGGCAAUUAAUGAAUCCUUGGCGAUGACAACAACUAGCUCAAUGUUGGAUGCUACGACAAUAGCUUCAAUUGGAUAGAAAGAAGCAUCCAAAAGAAGAAGCAACCCUACAAAUGACCAAAAAAUGUGAUUAAAGACUAAUUGCAACUAAUCGUAAAAAAAGUUAAAACCCACAACAAUUCACACUUAUAUAAAUACAUCUAUACAAUACAAAAGACAAUUCAACAAAAAUCGACUCCUCAAAGUUGUUGCCUUUCUCAAUUCCCACAAAAAUUAUUAGACGACUCGGAAAAUGUUCAAAAAUAAAGCGUUAUCAACCCCUUAAACUCCAAAUGUUUGAUCUCAAUACAACAUUCAAUAUUGAUUUAUUGAUGACUAUGUUAAUUCUGUUUAUUCUGACAAUGUAAAAUGUACUAAAUAUUGUUUGCUUGAGGGCUUUUGUAAGCUCUAUCAAACGCGAUAAAGCUGAGUUUCAACUCUAACAUUUUUCGCAAAAUUAA